GAGCUCAAAUAUGUUAUGUACGCUAAUAUUAACAGACAUUUGGUAAAUCAUAACAAUAAAUGUAAACUUGACCCGGAUGACGUAUGAAACAUAUUGAACGGUCGUAGACAAAAAUUAAUCGUAUUAGUGAGUCAUCCGUCAUAGUGCCGUGAAUGAAAAAUAAAUUGACAUUUAUUAUCAGCUGUUUAUAAAACUAUUUCCAAAAUUACGUAUAAUGUUUAGGACUACAUCCAAUUUUGAUAAAUUAUUAGAUAAAGCCACUAGUAAUUUGUUGUUAGAACCGGAUUGGCCAACUACCAUACAAAUAUGUGAUUUGAUACGACAAAAUGAUGUUCAGCCUAAGUAUGCAAUUGGUGCAAUUAAAAAGAAAUUAUAUUCACAAAAUCCUCAUUGCGCUAUGUACGCGUUACAAGUUUUAGAAAGUAUGGUGAAAAAUUGUGGUAGUGGUGUUCAUAAUGAAGUUGCCAGUAAAGAAACAUGUGAAAUGUUUCGUGAACUUGCUAAAUCAUCGCCACAUGAAAAUGUUCGACAAAAAAUUCUAGAAUUAAUCCAAGGAUGGGCAUUUGCGUUUCGAAAACAACCAAAAUAUCGUGCUGUGUUGGAUAUUGUAAAUAUAAUGAAAGCAGAGGGCUAUAAAUUUCCUGUGUUGAAUGAAUCGGAUGCAAUGUUUAGUGCGGAUAGUGCACCAGAAUGGUCGGAUGGGACAUGUUGCCAUCGAUGCCGUGUUGCAUUCUCAAUGAUGCAACGUAAGCAUCAUUGUCGAGCAUGUGGUCAAGUAUUUUGCGGACAAUGUUCGCAGCAUACAGCAACAUUACCAAAGUUUGGUAUUGAAAAGGAAGUAAGAGUGUGUGAUGGAUGCUAUGAUCAAUUAAGUAAACCAUCAACAGCAACACCUCUAUCAAAGGCAGCGGAAGGUGAUGUCCUUAGUGAAUAUGUAACUACUACUGCAACACCUCAAACUCAGACAUUACCUGGAGGAAAAACUGAAGAAGAGUUGCGUGAAGAAGAGGAAUUAAAUUUAGCUUUAGCCUUAAGUCAAUCUGAAGCAGAGCAUAAAGAAAAGGAAAAGAAACGUAUUACUCGUGAUGCAGGACGUUCAUAUUCACCUGCUUCGGCAGGAAAUCGUAGCCCAAGCCCAAAACCUGUGGUCGAUGACGUAGAUCCGGAAUUAGCUCGUUAUUUAAAUCGUUCUUAUUGGGAACAAAAACAUGGAUCAAAUACACCUGAUGUUGCUAGCCCAUCAGCACCUUCAGCAGGUAAAACAAAUGCAACAUCAUCAUCGUCACCACCCUUGUCACCAAUGAUUGGCAGUGGUCGACAACCCCAAACAACGGAUGAUCCAGAAAUGGAUGACUUUGUAGCAGCUCUAAAAUCACAAGUAGAAAUAUUUGUAAAUCGUAUGAAAAGUAAUUCAAGUCGUGGACGAUCGAUAGCUAAUGAUAGUUCUGUACAAACUUUAUUUAUGAAUAUUACGGCCAUGCAUUCCAGAUUGUUGAGAUAUAUUCAACAACAAGAUGAUGAGCGUUUGAGAUUUGAGGGAUUGCAGGACAAAUUGUCGCAAGUGAAAGACGCUCGAGCAGCAUUAGACGCAUUACGUGAAGAACAUGCGGAACAAUUACGGCGAGAAGCUGAAGAAGCCGAAAGACAACGCCAAUUACAAAUGGCUCAUAAAUUAGAAAUCAUGCGAAAGAAAAAGCAAGAAUAUUUACAAUAUCAAAGACAAUUGGCAUUGCAACGAAUUCAAGAACAAGAACGUGAAAUGCAAAUGCGACAAGAGCAACAAAAACAACAAUAUUUAAUGGGUAAUCAAUAUGGUUACAUGGGAUCACCGGUUCAUAUGCCAGGAAAUAUGCCCCCACCACCAGCACAGUAUGGUGGACCAGGCAUGCCAGGUGUUAGUUACGGUCCACCGCCUGGUGUAGGUUAUCCAAUGUAUUCAAAUACAAUGCCCCCACCGCCUAGUCAAGGAGGUCCAAUGCCACCACCAGGACAUAUGCCACCACAAAUGAUGGGUAAUCAUCCGCAGGCGAUGCAAAUGGGCCCACCACCUCCGCAAAAUAUGAUAAUGCCACCACCUCAACAAAUGCCAAUGCAAAUGCAAGGACCAAUGCAAGGUCCACCAUCAAUGCAUAAUAUGCCACCCCCUCAACAUUCUUCCAGUCAAACGCAACUACAGCAACCACCACCGCAAUCACAACCGCAACAACAACCUCCUCAAGCACAAGCUCCGUUACCAACUCCACCUCCACCAAUGGUUAUUACAAAUAAUGUAUCGCAACAUUCGCUACCACCAUCGAAUAUCAUCGCAGGAGUGCCGAAAGAUGAAAGCCAUCAUAGCCAAACAGCUGAAUUAAUUUCAUUUGAUUAAAUUUUAAUAAAAUUUAUUUUUAAAAAACUAAAUAAAAAGGAAAAUUAUAUUUCAAAUACUG